AUGAGUUUGCUCUUCAAUUAUAAACCUUUUCUCAGUGGGCUAACAGGAAAGCUAGUGAAGUUUAAGUGGGGAAUGGAGUACAAGGGCUAUGUGGUAUCCGUAGAUGGCCACAUAAACCUGUAG